UUCACAUUAAACCGCUCUCUUAUCCGCAGAGAAAGCAGCAAAAACAAAAAAAAACUCCGAACAAAAAUGGAAGCCUCAAUUCACCAUUCUACAUUCCCAUCUCUGUUUCUCAGGCCAGAUUCCCCCAAACACGGUGCAUCAGUGCAGCUUAUUGUAAGUGCAUUGCAUUAACAUGUAAUUGAUAUGGACCUGUUAGGAUAUCAUAGCUCGAGGAAGUUAAUUUCGGGAACUGGGCGGCGCUUGAUUAAUGUAGACAAUGCAAGAGCAAGAAUUAUGACUUACAGAAGUAGUAAAAAUAAACGGGACAUUGAUCUUGAAGUUGGUGAGCGGCUUUAUCUUGGUAUGGACUUUGGCACAUCUGGGGCUAGGUAUGCUCUUAUUGACAUGGAAGGGACUAUACGAGCAGAAGGAAAGAGGGGGUAUCCUUUAUACAUGAGCAAAGACACAGUGGAUUGGUUGCUCUCAUGGAAAGUCACCCUUCACUCACUUCUUGACGAUGUUCCAAUUAAUCUCCGCCCAUUGAUUGCUUCUAUUUCUAUAGAUGGGACUUCUGCAACAACUGUCAUUAUAGACAGUGCAACGGGAGAUCCGUUAUGUGGACCUUUACUGUACAAUGAAAGUUGUCCUGAUGCUUUGCCAGCAGUUAAGUCCAUUGCCCCAGCAAACCACACAGUCUGCUCUGGUUCCUCUACACUGUGCAAGCUUGUCUCAUGGUGGAACUCCAAUGAUUCAAACAAAGAAUCUGCACUAUUGUUGCAUCAAGCGGACUGGCUGUUAUGGCUUCUUCAUGGCAAGCUUGGAGUGUCAGAUUACAAUAAUGCUUUGAAGGUUGGCUAUGAUCCUGAACUUGACUCCUAUCCAAGCUGGCUGAUCUCGCAGCCAUAUUCACAUGUUUUGCCUUCCAUCCAAGCUCCUGGAACUUCAAUUGGUUCUAUAAAGGAGGAUAUUAGAACACAAUUUGGGUUUCCAAAAUAUUGUAUUGUCUGCACGGGAACCACUGAUAGUAUAGCUGCCUUUCUUGCUGCACGUGCUACACAGCCUGGGAAAGCUGUAACAUCUCUAGGCUCAACUCUUGCCAUAAAACUUUUAAGCACCAAUAGAAUUGAGGAUUCAAGGUUUGGGGUGUAUAGUCAUCGUCUUGACGAUAAAUGGCUUGUUGGAGGAGCUUCAAAUACAGGUGGAGCUGUUCUUAGACAAUUUUUUACCGAUGAGCAACUGGAUAAAUUGAGCAAGCAAAUUAAUCCCAUGGUAGCCUCCCCUCUGGACUACUAUCCUCUGCAAGCGGUUGGUGAGAGAUUUCCAGUGGCAGAUCCGGAGAUGGAGCCCAGGUUACAUCCACGCCCAGAAAGUGAUGUUGAGUACUUGCAUGGUAUUCUUGAGUCCAUUGCCCGCAUAGAGGCCAAGGGUUAUACCUUACUGAAAGAUCUAGGGGCAACCGAGGUUGAAGAAGUGUUCACAGCCGGUGGUGGUGCAAAAAAUGAAAAAUGGACAAUGAUUCGACAGAGGGUUCUUGGUUUACCGGUGAGUCGGGCUCUUCAGACAGAGGCUGCAUAUGGGGCUGCUUUGUUGGCAUUGAAGGGUGCACAAUAGAAACAUAUGAGAAGAUCAAAGAGCUAAGUUCUUUUGUGCAUAUAUAUGUAUCAUUUUUUUUUCAAUAGAACUCUCUGUUGAUCUGAUAUAUCAUAUAUGUGUUGUUAUAACAUAUGAGAGCUUAAUUGAUGAAUUAUUUGGUUCAAGGAAGUUAAGAAUUGUAGAAAGGGAUUUGUGCA